AUGUCAAUGGGUGGCAUGGCUCCGCUCAUUGAAUUCCCAAAAUAUUACUGGGCUGUGGUAGGUACUGCUAUUGGCAUCGCGACGGUGGUCAAUAUUUUCAACAAGAUCCUCUACAGACAGAGGCUCGCGUCCGCUCGAGCAGGUGCACCACGACCUGCAAAACCCAAAUCUUGGUUGAUGGUGUCAAUCGCGACUACUUUUGCCCUCACGCGAGAAGCGUCCAAUUUCUCCGUACGGAUACCCUUCAAGGACCGCUUCCUACGAUUGCCGACCGUCGGCCGCGUCUUCUUGGUACUCGCCAACAUCGUGGUCUUACUCGUGCUAUGCUUCUACGGAUUCGACCUCAACGACAGGUGGUCGAGAGAAAACAUUGGAUAUCGAUGCGGAUUCGUCACCAUUGCGCAAUUCCCACUCAUUUUCCUCCUGGCAGGCAAGAACAACCUCAUCGGCUAUGCGACCGGUGUCAGCCACGAGCGCCUCAACUGGUUACACCGCUGGUGUGCCAGAUGUUUGCUUUUGACUGCCACCAUCCAUAUGGGCUAUUUUUUCGCCGACUGGGCACCCUACAACUAUAUUGGGACGCAGCUGAGGGAAAAUACGCUUGUGUGGAAAGGCAUCGUGGCAUGGGCCGUACUCGUUUGGAUGGUCUUCAGCUCCAUGUCCCCAAUCCGUGGCUGGUCAUACGAGGUGUUCGUCUUGCAGCAUCUAGUCUCUUUCGCAGUCCUGAUCGGCUUCGUUUACAUCCAUACCCCUGUGGAAGUCCAUGUGUAUAUCUGGGUACCCAUUGCUCUGUGGUGGUUUGACCGACUUGUUCGUGUUUUGCGCGUCAUGUAUUUGAACAUCUCUUGGUUCCACCCGCGACAACGGAAGAGUGGGGAAACGUCUGGAUUCUGGGCGUGCAAAGCUGAGUUCAUGCCAUUACCGCACAAAACCACACGGAUCGUCAUACGAAACCCGCCGGUUUCUUGGACACCGGGCCAGCAUGUGUUUUUGUCUUGCCACUCUAUCAUUCCGCUACAGAGCCAUCCUUUCACCAUCGCCUCUAUCCCAGAAGAUGGAAUGAUGGAAUUCCUAGUCAAAGCUGAAUCCGGUGGGACAAAGAGUUUCUUCAAACACGCCGAGAAGUAUCACGGGCUUCCCACAAAGUCGGACAGAUCACGAAACAAGACAGUGGCCAUAGAAGGCCCAUACGGGACUUUGAGACCACUGCGUCAAUUUGAUAGCGUCGUGCUACUUGCUGGCAGCACCGGCGCUACGUUUACCGUUCCUCUCCUAAGGGAUAUUGUACAGGGGUGGAAGGAGAAUGCGAGCACUGCAAAGGAUGCGAAGUCACUCUUUCAACCACAAACCGGUGCCGUCACCCGCCACGUGCGAUUCAUAUGGGUCGUCAAGAGCCGAGGCCAGCUUGGAUGGUUCGCCGAACAGCUUUCCUCCGUAUACUCCGAUUCCCAGGCUUUGCAAACCGACCUGAGGCAUAUCAAGCUGGAGAUUACAAUUUACGUAACCUGUGACGAGACCUUCACCGAAGAACACAAGAACAUACUGUCAAGAACCACCGCUUCAAAGGAGCCACAGCAUGGACCAGUUGAACUUCGCAGUCGAACACCUUCGCUGGACGAAAAAGGCAAAUCGGGAGAUGCUCUUGACGAAAUCACCGAGGUCAGAGCCACAGAGACGAAGUCCUGUGGUCCCAAUGGAACAUGCUGCUGCAAGACUACAGUUGAUGAGACAUCACUUGAAAACAGACAAACGACAUGUUCGUGCUGCGGACCGAGCGAUCAAGCCCUAAAAACACGGCCGACAUCCAACACAUCAUCUAACCCUUCCAGUACAGAAGGUAAGCCACUUGUGCACCCCUCAAUAUCUGUGUUUGCUGGUCGACCGAAUCCAAGAGAUAUCAUCAGAAGGUCACUAGAACAGGCCUGGGGCGAAUCGGCGGUUGUCGUGUGCGGACCGCAAGGCUUGGUGGGGGACGUGAAGCAAGACGUUUGCUCGUUGAGCGAUGAGCGGGCGGUGCACAAGGGAACAGGUGCUCAAGGCAUCUACCUCCAUACCGAGAGCUUUGCAUACUAG